AUGUUUGAAUUUGAGAAUGUCGAAGAUCAUUCUGCACUUCCGUAUUCAGGUUGAAUGAAGCCUUCUCACUCUAACUCUAGUAUCCAAGCAAAGAGGGAGUAUAAAGAAGAGCAGAAGUCAAUCGAAGAUUCUUUGUCACUUCAUACAAUACAAAAGCUACAAGAUACCCAUAAAAAUCCAAAAAGAAAGUUACCAAAAGAUAGAAAAGAGAGGAACAAGGUAUUCGCCAAAGAGAGCAGGAACAGGAAGAAUAACUACAUUAAAGAACUCGAACAGAAGAUUGACUUCCUUGAAGAUAAGGUCAUGAAGCUUUCAAUGGAGUUGGAUCAGUACAAGCAUCUCCUUAAGGUUUCUGAUAUCACAAAAGACAAAGAUUCUCAACUUGAAACAGUCUUAAUGGAUUUUAAGAAAACAGAGGCUUAUUUCAAGGAAAAACUUAAUGAGUGUAGCAAUCCAGACAACAUGUGCAUUGAAGCAUGGAAUAGAAUUAUGGAAAGCGUCGGUACAAACAUUGGUCCUAUCGGUACUGUGAGAAGAAAGUUGAUAACUACAGCUUUUAAGCUAAUAAUAAAAUGAGCUAUGCCAGAGCAAAUGAGUUACCUAUGUUUUCUUACCCAAUUUGAAGAGAAGGCAUCUAAAAGAGAGCUUACCUACAUGAAAAAGUUAUCAAGACAGGAAAUUUUGCAUUAUUCAAGAGAUAAAGGAUUUUCUCCAUUAGAUACUAUGUAUGCAUUGCUCAGAUUAGACAAAAAUGAACUUGAUUACAUGAGAAGAACCAACCCGAUCUGGCAAGGAUUGUUGAUCAAGACCAAAGAGGUUAUCAGAAAUUUACUCAGAUGUAGAAAUGAACUAUUUGAGAUAGCUUUGAAAUUAGAUGACCAAGCGAUGGAUAUCUACAAAAUUCAGAGACCUGAAACGAUUGCCUCUUUUUAUACCAACUUCUAUAGAGAGCUGUCAGCUUCUCAAGUGUCUAUAUUUGAUAUUUACAAUCUUAAAAGAAAGAAAUAUAUUUAUGACAAGGAUGUGGACAACGAAAUAUACGCUCUGACUGAUUCAGAUGAGGAAUAAUUAAUAAAGAGCAAGGAGUAAUACCCUCUUAAAAAUUAUUUAGACAAUUUCAAU